GGAUACAGUCACCCCUCCGAAAGCGAUCCAUGGUUGAGAAAUUCCAGCAGCAUGGCACACCCCGUCAUUGGGUUCCAGCGCUCGUUGAAGAUCGUCCCAUAUUUUGCGUCUUGUGCGACAAUGGUCCUGCAGGCUUUGGCGCUAGAAGCUGCCAGAAACCCAUUCAGACCAGGACUUCUUCAUGAAUCUGCCCUUGUGAAAACCGGGCAUCGCCCAAAAAUGAGGAUCAUGUCUGAAGUUGUAAUUAGCAUUUUCCUCUGGUCAAUCCACCAGGAUUCAGCAGGGAUUUGGAGGGGCAGGAAAAAGAAAAAGCAGAAGCAUACUAGUCGAUAUACGAUGCAUACAACUCUGUCUCUCACGCUUAGCGUCUCUUUUCUCGAGGCAGGCCGGCCUCUAAAAGCUUUGCCAAUAAAAAUCUUGAAGAAGAGUACUAGUAGGGGUUCAGACAAGAAAAUGUCUGGACAAGGAUGGGAGCCACUGGUACAGUUACUAGUACCCUUAUCUUGCGGAGUGCCUCAGUCGACCCCAUUUUCGCCGACUGGAGCCUGCAGAAUAGAAGAACUCGCUGACGCCAUUGAUUUGGAAUCAUCUCACAAUGCCCUGGGGGACAAUGGCGUUCCCGUCUGUCGGGUUUGGUAGAUACUACUGUAGUGGAGGCCUCUUUGGCUCGCCGAUGUAUGAAUCUUCAGCUUCCAACUUUUUCGAAGACACUGAGAUAGGGUACGUAUUUAAAUCCGCGGUGCGAUCGACCGCGCGAACCGCCCGUCUGGGUCAUUAAAUUUUCGGGACAACUUGACACAUCUGGGC